AUGGAUUGUCCGUGCGAGAGACUCGUGGUGGCCGUCGGCAAGGAUAACGGGUCGAAGGAGGCCAUUCGAUGGGCCGUCGCUAACAAGAUCCGCUCUCCCAACGACGUCCUUAUCUUGCUCCACGUCGUCUCGCGGUUACCAGGACCAAUGGGCACGGAGAUAUACCAGAGCGAGGUGAACAACACGCUGUUCGUGCACUAUGUGCGCACCGUGGUGCAACCCAUGAUGUCCCUCCUCAAGUCCUCCAUCAGCGCCCAUGUGAACGUUCAAAUGAAGCUUUCGCGCAACAACCAUCGCGACAAGGGAACUAUGGAGGAAGCCCGUAACCUGCGCGCCACCACGCUCAUUAUCGGCAGCAACGGCCGCUCCUCCCUCUUCUCCUCGAAGCCCAAGGUAUCGGCCUUGGGGCAAUACUGUGCCAAGAACCGACCGUACGGCAUGGCGGUAUGCGUGAUAGACAAGGGCGGCAAGCUCGUGCUUUCCAAAGACGCCGACGCGCCUUCCUCCGUAUCCAACAGCGCCAGCCCCGCCUCGUCCGGCCGAGCCUCCGGCCAGAUCAGCCCCGGCCAGUCUGGCAGAUUCCAACGCGGCGGAGGUUCGGGGCCGGGGACUGGCACGAGCACUCCCAGCAGCAUGGAUGGCGGUGGGGGGUUCCCGAGGAGGGGUGGUGGCGGCAUGAGUGGUGGUGGUGGCGGUGGGGGUGGUGGUGGUGGUAGUUUUGGUGGUCGUGGGGGUGGGUCGAUGGGUGGAACGCUGGGGGCGUCUGGUGGGCUGGAGCCCACGUAUAGUGGGACGUUCGGUGACGGCUCUGAUGGGCCUCCACAAGCCUUGGACCCUCUCCGCACCUCCCCCGCGCACGCCCUCAACGCCUCCCGCCCGCCCUACGCCUCAGACGCGCGCUCCUCCCCCUCGCGCUCUGCCAUGCCCCCUCCCCCGCUCGACCCCGGCGCCCCCCUGCGCCCCUCGGGGCUGGGCCCGCGCGGAUCCAUGAACGAGCGCGGCAUGGGGGGAGGAGGGGGACUCCCCAUGGGCGCCAACGGCAGCGGCACCAUGCUCCCGGUGUAUGGGUCCCAGCCAGGAGGGGCGGGCAUGGGGGGCGCAGCAGGCAUGGGUGGGGGAGGCGGGGCAGUGGGAAUGAGCUCAUCCGGUUCCCCCAGCACCAGUGGGUCCACCAAUCUGCUGCUCUCCGGUCGCCGCUUCCCCCGUGCCGGCUCCUCUGACUCCUCCCCCACCUCCUCCGCCUCCUCCCCCAGCUGGAACCGCCCUGGGGGCGUCCCUGGUGGCGGCACCGCUGGGGGGAGUUUCCAGCAGGGGCAGGGAGGGGGAGUGCAGGAUCCAGUGGCAGUGGGGCUGGCAGCAGGGCUGCAGGGGGACGCUUUGGAGGAUUUUGUGGCGUGGAGGAGAGGCAAUCCCAUGGCCUCGUACGUGCAGCAGCAGGAGUACAUUCUGGAUGCCCACCGCCGCAUGGCUGCUGGCGGCGCUGGCGGAAGCAUGAUGAUGGCCAUGCAGCAGCAGCAGCAGCAGCAGUGGAAGGGGCAGGCGCCGGUGCUGACGUCCAUGAACUCUCUAGGCUCUGGCGCGUCUGGCGAUGAGGCUAGUGUGAGUGUCUUUUUUCUUGCCAAUGUGCACUUGCUUCGCUCGGCUUGGCCCAUCCGACGACCUGCGCAAGGAGCUACAGCGCAUGCGCCUGCGUUCAGUUUUGAGACGCCUCAGACGACCUGCGCAAGCGCCUGCGCGCAUUUUGGAGACGCCUCAAUUCUGCCUACCAUCCCCUUACCGUCCCCCCUGUUGACUUUUGAGUCGACUCAAAAGUCAAUUCUGCCUGCCAUCCCCUCACCCUCCCCCCUGCCAUCCUUUCACCCGCACCACAACUCCCUUCCCUAUCCCCCUUUCCAGGACGACCUGCGCAAGGAGCUGGAGCGCAUGCGCCUGCGUGCUGCAGAGGCCGAGGCAGCCCAAGCGGAAGCGGAGCUGCGGGCACAGCGCCUGAUGCUGGAAGCGCAGUCGUCCGUGCGGCAAGUGGAGGCGGCGCAGUGGCAGAAGGAGCUGGAGACCGCCGCACGCGUGGAGCAAGCGGCUCUCGAAGCCCUCACGGCCCAGGCUGCGGCGGAGGAGGCUCGGCGCGCUGCAGAGGCAGAGCUGCAAAGGAAGGACGCUGCGAGGAAGGAGGUGGCUGCUAAGGCUGCGGAGUUGGAGGUGCAGGCAAAGAGGCGGAAAGAGGCGGAGAUGCGGGCGUUGAAUGGUGGUGGUGUUGGGGGGAGCUCUGUGGGGAGCAGUGGGAGCAAUGGGAAGGGCGGCGGGGGAGGUGGUUCGGGGGGAGCGGGAGCAGGAGGGGAGGGUGUGGAGGGGAAGGAGGGGGAGGGAGAGAGUGGGGAGGAGACUGUGGUGCAGGAAGGGCCGUUUGUGGAGUACACGUGGGAAGAGAUGAAGGCAUGCACGGAGGGCUUCAGUGAGCAGCGCAAGAUAGGCGAGGGUGGGUUUGGCACCGUGUAUCUGGGCACGCUGCACCACACACCCGUGGCAGUCAAGGUGCUCAAGAGCCGCGACCACCACAAGGCCAAGACCGAGUUCCGCCAAGAGGUGGCGGUGCUGAGUCAGAUCCAGCACCCACACGUGGUCAUGCUGCUCGCCUGCUGCUCCUCCCACUUCUGCCUCGUCUACGAGUACAUGGCGGGCGGCAGCCUCGACGAGCGCCUCCGCUGCACCAAGGGCACGGCGCCCCUCCUCUGGCACUCCCGCCUGCGCAUCGCAGCAGAGGUCGCCUCCGCUCUCCUCGUACUGCACAACCGCCCCGUGCCCAUAGUCCACCGGGACCUCAAGCCCGCGAAUAUCCUCUUAGAUAAAAACCUAGUGGCGAAGCUCGCAGACGUGGGGCUCGCGCGGCUCAUGCCCGCCAACGACGACUCCUCCGGGAAUGGCAACGCCGUCAUGCGCACGUACGCGCGGGAAUCCGUCGCCGUCGGCACCUUCGCCUACAUGGACCCGGAGUUCCAGCGCACGGGGGAAUACGGCCCGAAAUCCGACGUGUACGCGCUGGGAAUCGUGCUCCUGGACCUCCUCACGGGCCUCCGUCCAAACGCGUUCGAGGGGCUCGAAGACGCAGUGGACGACGACGACGAGGAGGCUCUCGCGGCUCUCCUGGAUAAAACCGCGGGCGACUGGCCGGUGCCUCUCGCCAUGGAGCUCGCGAAGAUGGCGCUGAAAUGCUCUGAGAUGCGGAGGAGGAGCCGGCCGGAUCUCGCCAAGGUGGUGAUGCCGGUGCUGGAGAAGGCCAGAGAGGUGGCUGCGAAAGUGGAGGAGGAGGUGGAGGGGAAUGCCUGGCGCGCUGGUAGCCUGCCCAGCCCGCACAAGGCUGCUAGCUGCUUCUUUUGCCCGUUGACCAAGGAGGUGAUGCAGGACCCAGUGCUGGCAGCGGACGGGCACACGUACGAGCGAGCAGCGAUCGCCAAGUGGCUGGCGGAGGGCAACAGCACGUCGCCCAUGACCCACGACCCACUGCCCAACACCGACGUCAUGCCCAACCAUGCCAUCCGCGCCAUGAUCACCGAGUGGCGCAACGGCAAGAAGUAA